AUGGAGGAAUAUCGAGAUAAUGUUCAAAUUUCUCCCAAUAUUGAAAGUGUCAAUGAAUCUAAUUCCCAGAAAACCAAUUCAAUACCAGGACUUCAAAAUAAUAUUGGGAACAACGCUGAUAUACUCACAAAUAUUAUCACUCUUCCCGUGACUAUGUUGCCUUCGAAUCUACCCGUUUCGAUGAGUCAAGAGCAAGAUGUAUUACCAGAAGAAAUCCACGAUCCACACGAACCACUUUCCAGCGAUUACAGAAGGUUUAGAAGACUAACCUAG